GUCUUCAUGCGCAUGCAAAUACUGUUUUGACUCGUAAAGAUGGACCCCGGUUUGACGGACCUCCUGAGUGAUGCAUUUUCAGUAACAUCAUUCCCUGACGGGGACUUUGAGACUUUGAAGCUGGAUGAAAGUGAUGGAGGAGAGACGAAAGAGGCAGGCCAGGAAGAAAUUUAUGACACAAGAAAUGUGUGUGUUGAGGACACUGCACACACACAUGAAGAUGUAAAUGUUCAGACCCAUGAAGACAGCUUCCAUGGAACACCUGAGGACAUCCACAGGAACCUGGAAGAGGAAUAUGACGACUCGGCAGAGGAGGAGAAAGGAAUGGCAGAUUUCUUAUCAGUGCAUGAUGUCACCUGUAGUCCAGAAAAUAGGGAGGAGUUUGAUAAGGUGCAAGGUCUAAUCCUGGACAACCGUCAAGAUGAAGAUGUGAGUGAGGAUUUUGUGACUAUUCCUAAAAGUGAUGAAGGAAAUGAAAAGAAAGAAGAAAAGACGCAAGUGGACUCAUUUCAUACAAAGGUUGAGGUAAAGGAAAAUGUGGAAGAACUAAUAGCUGAUGUCCACAAGAUGAAAGAUUUCUCAGAACAUGAAGCAGAACGAUGUUUCCAGGGGAGCACUGACGACAUUGCGUCAAAAAUACCCGAAAGAGCAGAAGAUGCUGAAAUGUUAGACCUGAACGUCCCUCCACACCUUGAGAAUGAGGUCACCAUGUUGGCUCAAUGCGAAGAAGAGCAGGAAAGAAUUAAGGCCUUUUUCAGGUUUUAUAACGACAGCGACAGAGAGCAUGAAAGAGAAGGAAGGGAGACCAAAGUUCAGUUUUGCACAAAACCAGUGUCUGGAGUCUGCCAAUAUAACAGUGAGUCCCUCAGCAGCUCAGAGGAGGAGCAAGGCCUGAAAAUGGUAGAAGAACCUGAAGAAUGGAUGGAGCGACCAAAAAGUCUGCAGAUUAAAAGAGAUUCUCCAUCAGGCGCUUUAAAACAUGAGACAAACAUCAACAACACUCAGUUGUGCAAAAGCAGACAUGAGUAUCCAAGAUUGCUGAAGCUAAUGCUGAUCACGAGUCUGGUGACUCUAAUAGGCCUGCUGAUGUUUUGGUUGGCUGUACACCAAAUGGACUGGCUUGCUUUAUGUGUCUUCUUUUAGGGUGAAAGGGGUGUAUUUUUGAUUUUUUUUUUUUCAUGGCUACACUUUGAGUGCAUUGAUGUGUAAAACUAUAGCUUGAUAAUCAUGUGUCCUUGUGCUGUAAUAUAUAUUUGUUACAAAACAAAAGUAUAUGACUGUAAGAUAAUGUUUGCAUAUGUACAACUUUAAUUUGCAUUUCAAUGUAAAAUUGGAGAAUAGUAGCUUUAAGCCCGCAGACUGCAGUGUUAACUCAUAACAUAUUUUUAUUUUAAGUGAUUUUUAUUGUUUGUCAUCCAUGGUGCAAAGUUAGAUGAACAAUUCAUAUCAGUAAGCAAAGGCUAUAUUAGAUUUGUUUAACCCUUAAAGUAUAUUGGAGAUUUCAUCUUUCAGGCAAAUUGUUCUAGUUUUGGUCAUAACUUUGGUUGUUACUGUGAAUAUACUUUUUUCCCCCCUAGGACAAAUUUUUUUCAUGUUCAAUUUUAAUAUUUUUGUUUCAAAUUCUUUCAUAUUUCAAUGAUACACUGAGAAAUUAUUUUAGAUCAGAACAAAAAAGUCCUCCUGGAAUCAGGUGUGUAUAAAUAAAUUCUGUAUUCAUAUUUUUUUUUCCAUAUUUUCCUCCAAAAUAAAA